UGCAUUGCACAAUCGGUACUUAUCGUCGAGCAACAAGCUGAAACAAAAGCCGAGCGAAUAUCGGCAGGAGGUGGGUGCAUUUUUGAGAUCGGUUCAGUAUAAAAGUGGAAGCGAAUCGCUUACGAUUAUCAGUCGAUUGUUCUCGUCAGAAACUGGAAACAUGUUCAAGCUCACCGUCUUCGGCGCCGUCCUCGCUCUCGCCACCGCAAAUUUUCUGACCAAUCAACGCCCGCCGGAAGUCUCGUCUCCCUCGAACUCACCGCAGCCGUCGAGUUUCCCGAGAAGUCCCACGGGUCUUGCCCAGGUAACGGCUUAUUCGAAGUCCAUCGAAACGCCCUACCCCAAUCACCCGAGAUCCGAUGUCCACCCCGGCAACGGGAGCCCCGUUUCCUACUCCCAGGGGAUCCCUGCGGGCGGAUACAACGUCCACGCAACCGGUGAAUCCAGCGGCUUUCCUUCGGGACCGGGGAGCGUCGCCCAGGUCACCGGCUACGGUACAGCUCCGCUCGCUUUUGCCGCAUCGCCUUCGUUGAACCACCGAGUUUCCGGCUACCGAGGCUCCUCUUUCGCCGAUCACGCCGUAGGCACCACCCGGGAGAGCACCGUCCAAUCGGACGACGGAAAUCACGCCGUCACCCACUACACCAAGGCCGUUGACACCGCUUAUUCCAGCGUGAGGAAAUCCGAGAACCAGAACGCCAACGACGCGAAAAUAAUCGCCUCGGCACCGUCUCUGACCUACACCACCGCGGCCGCGGCGGCGGCUGCUUUCACCACCCCGAUCGUCGCGAAGGACGCUUACGUGGGACACGCCAACCCUGCGGUCGCUUAUUCCUCUCAGGCACCGGCCGUGGCGCACGCCAGUUUCGAAGGUCUGGGAACUCGAUACAGCUGGUGAAGAGGAAAGACGAAGAGAGAUAUUUUAAAACGACCUCCGCUAUGUGUGUAGUUAUCGCCGAUUCUUUGUUCAGAGAGAAGAAAUCGUUACGUUGAUUAGAAAAUUUAGAGGAGAAUGAAUCGAAAAUUGGAAAAGAAACGCGUACGCGUUUGUCAAAAUUUGAGGUUUAGGUUUUUUGGGUAAAUUAUUGUGAUUCGUUUAGCCGACGAUUUAACUGAAUUGAAAUAUAUACUUUAUGGACA